AUGAUAAAUACUCGAUGGCUUCAGCGUGGCUCCAUGUUCGUAUUAUCGCAACCGCAAUUUUUAAAACUAAUUCAAGAAGAAAACGGUUGGGUGGCCGAAUCCCUGCUGGAUCUGGGCGCAGGCGAUGGAAAAGUGACCGCCCAUCUGGCCCCCAUGUUCCAAAAAGUCUACGCCACCGAAGUUUGCAACACCAUGAGCAUUUUAGAAUUGGAAAACUGGCACGAAGAAAGAAAAUUUGACCUUAUAUCAUGCCUUAAUCUAAUAGAUAGAUGUGAUAAACCUCUAGAAAUUCUACAAAACAUAAAAACAUCUCUUAAACCUGAUGGUAGAUUAUUAUUGGCUGUGGUUUUACCAUUUUCACCUUAUGUAGAAUCAGGUUCCCCUUAUAACAAACCAGAAGAAUUAUUGCCAAUCAAAGGUCAAACUUUCGAAUCACAAGUUCAAAGCGUUAUCGAAGAUGUUUUUAUACCAUCAGGAUUUUCUGUAAUAAGUUGGAGCAGAAUACCAUAUUUAUGUGAAGGAGAUCUACAACAAUCCUAUUAUUGGCUUGAGGAUGCUAUUUUUGUACUUAAAGUUGCGUAA